CUCUGCUGCCCUUCUCCUUGACGUUCAGUCUCGUCGUAGACCGUGAGGAAAAGAAACCGCCAACAUGUCUGAUAAGAAAAUGACUUCGAGCCGCAGGCAUCAUCUGAAGAGUUUGAUGCUGCAGAUUGCGGCGAACUGGAUUAUACAGGAAAAGAAGGACUUAAUAGAAGCCAAAAAGACCUACAUGGCUGAAAACUGUCCCGCACCAACCAUCAGUGGAGACCAAGCAGCCCUCAUGGAUAUCUGCAAAAAGCUGCACAGCCUCAUUGACAAAGUGGAUGAGGAGAGGUACGACAUGCUGUCCAAAGUGGGCAAGGCUGAUAAAGAGAUCGAUGAACUGAAGAUCAAAGUGGUAGACUUGGCAGGCGUGAAGAAGCCCGCUCUGAAGAAAGUGCGUAUGUCUGCCGACGCCAUGCUGAAAGCUCUGCUGGGCUCCAAGCACACAGUCAACAUGGACCUGAGGGCCAACCUGAAGCAGGUCAAGAAGGAGGUGAAAGAGGAGCCUGCAGAGGCGGUCGGCGACUGGCGUAAGAACAUUGAGGACAAGGCUGACAGGAAGAAGAUGUUCGAGACUUCCUAAAUAACUUAACUCUGCUGUUUUACUUUACCCCGGGUUGUUAGCACUUUUUCAUCGAAUUCAAAAACCUUUUGUUUCAUUAAAACUGUAAGUUUCAACUUGGUCUCUUAUUGUACAUUUGUAUAGCUUGGU